AAGGCGCCGGUGCGCGGCCCGCCCCGGCAGUGCUUCUGCCUGCGACGCUCGUGUGGCGGCCGCGAUGAAGUUCUCGUACCGGUUUUCCAAUUUGCUGGGUACAGUUUAUCGGCGUGGAAAUUUAAAUUUUACACACGAUGGAAAUUCAGUUAUCAGUCCUGUGGGCAACAGAGUCACUGUAUUUGACCUAAAAAACAACAAGUCGGACACACUGCCCCUGGCCACUCAGUACAACAUCAAAUGUGUGGGGCUGUCCCCGGACGGCCGCCUGGCCAUCAUCGUUGAUGAAGGGGGCAGCGCGCUGCUGGUCAGCCUGGUGUGCCGGUCGGUGCUGCACCACUUCCACUUCAAGGGCUCCGUGCACAGCGUCUCCUUCUCCCCCGACGGCAGGAGAUUUGUGGUCACGAAGGGCAACCUUGCUCAGAUGUACCAUGCCCCGGGGAAGAGGCGAGAGUUCAACGCGUUUGUUCUGGACAAAACCUACUUCGGGCCGUAUGACGAGACCACGUGCAUCGACUGGACCGAUGACUCCAGGUGCUUUGUGGUUGGGAGCAAAGACAUGUCCACCUGGGUGUUUGGAGCCGAGCGCUGGGACAACCUCAUCUACUACGCACUGGGGGGACACAAGGACACUAUCGUGGCUUGCUUCUUUGAAUCCAAUAGCCUGGAUGUAUGUCCCUGUGCCCAAGAUCCCCAGCCCACGAGCCCACACAAAGCAGGGAGUCUAGGGAGGUCCCUGGGGCCUGGGGGUGGGCUGUGGGCCACCUCUUCCUGCAUGUCCUGGUGGCUGCUCCCAGGCUGCCUGGGGGUAUCUAGGGACUCAGGGUGGCUGUUGCUAUCCCUUAGAAUCGCUCCUCCCCAGUCCAGAGGGGCCUUCCGUGAAAUGGGUGCCUGGAAGCCCAGCUGCCAGGGGGCUCUGGGUCGUGGCAGCCCGUGGCUGGUGGGGGCCGGGGUGACCGUGUGCCUCCCGUUGCAGCUGUACUCGCUGAGCCAGGACGGAGCCCUGUGUGUGUGGCAGUGCGACACUCCCCCCGAGGGCCUGCGGCUGAAAGCUCCCUCGGGCUGGAAGGCGGACCUGCUUCGGCGGCGGAGGGAGGAAGAGGAGGAGGAGGACAGGGACAGAGAGACCACCGUCUGGGGGAAAGCCACGCUCUCUGAGGAGGAGAAGAAAGGGAAAGUGAAGUACUCACGGCUGGCCAAGUACUUCUUCAACAAGGAAGGGGAUUUUAACAGCCUCACGGCCGCGGCCUAUCACAAGAAGAUUCACCUCUUGGUCACUGGCUUUGCUUCUGGAAUCUUCCAUCUUCAUGAGCUCCCAGAGUUCAACCUCAUCCACUCGCUGAGCAUCUCGGAUCAGAGCAUCUCCUCGAUCGCCAUCAACAGCUCCGGGGACUGGAUCGCCUUUGGCUGCUCAGGCCUGGGCCAGCUGCUGGUGUGGGAGUGGCAGAGCGAGUCCUACGUGCUCAAACAGCAGGGACACUUCAACAGCAUGGUGUCGCUGGCCUACUCCCCCGAUGGGCAGUACAUCGUGACCGGCGGGGACGAUGGCAAGGUCAAGGUGUGGAACACUCUCAGUGGCUUCUGCUUUGUCACUUUCACGGAGCACUCGAGUGGCGUCACCGGCGUGACCUUCACUGCCACUGGCUACGUCAUUGUUACUUCAUCCAUGGACGGGACCGUGCGCGCCUUUGACCUUCACAGGUACCGGAACUUCCGCACCUUCACGUCUCCGCGCCCCACCCAGUUCUCCUGCGUGGCCGUGGACUCGAGUGGGGAGAUCGUCUCUGCUGGGGCCCAGGACUCCUUCGAGAUCUUUGUGUGGUCCAUGCAGACAGGCAGGCUCCUUGACGUUUUGUCUGGCCACGAGGGCCCUGUCAGUGGCCUGUGCUUUAACCCAAUGAAGUCAAUCCUGGCCAGCGCCUCCUGGGACAAGACAGUGCGCCUGUGGGACAUGUUCGACAGCUGGAGGACCAAGGAGACGCUGGCCCUGACCUCUGACGCGCUGGCUGUGAGUUUUCGCCCUGACGGUGCAGAGCUGGCUGUGGCCACGCUGAACUCACAGAUCACCUUCUGGGACCCUGAGAACGCUGUGCAGACGGGCUCCAUCGAGGGCAGGCACGACCUCAAGACAGGCAGGAAGGAGCUGGACAAGGUCACGGCUAAACACUCAGCCAAGGGGAAGGCCUUCACCACCCUGUGCUACUCUGCGGACGGCCAGAGCAUCCUGGCAGGAGGCAUGUCCAAGUUCGUGUGCAUUUAUCACGUCAGGGAGCAGAUUCUCAUGAAGAGGUUUGAGAUCUCUUGCAACCUCUCUCUGGAUGCCAUGGAGGAAUUUUUGAACCGAAGAAAAAUGACAGAGUUCGGCAACCUGGCACUGAUUGAUCAAGAUGCUGGGCAGGAGGAUGGAACCGCGAUACCACUGCCAGGUGUCAAGAAAGGUGACAUGAGUUCUCGGCACUUCAAACCUGAAAUCAGGGUGACUUCCCUCCGCUUCUCUCCCACCGGGCGCUGCUGGGCAGCCACCACCACGGAGGGGCUCCUCAUCUACUCCCUGGACACCCAAAUGCUCUUCGACCCCUUUGAGCUGGACACCAGCAUCACCCCUGGGCGGGUGCGCGAGGCGCUGCGCCAGCAGGAGUUCACCAGGGCCAUCCUCAUGGCCCUCCGUCUCAACGAGGACAAGCUGGUGCAGGAGGCCCUGGAGUCAGUGCCCCGGGGAGAGAUUGAAGUCGUCAGUUCCUCCCUUCCUGAAUUGUAUGUAGAGAAGGUGCUUGAAUUUCUAGCUUCCUCCUUCGAAGUGUCUCACCACGUGGAAUUCUACCUUACAUGGACCCAGAAAUUGCUCAUGUUGCAUGGACAGAAGCUGAAGUCCAGAGCGGGGCAGUUGCUGCCCGUGGUGCAGUUCCUGCAGAAGAGCAUCCAGCAGCACUUGGACAACCUCUCCAAACUCUGUGACUGGAACCGCUACAACAUUCAGUACACUCUGGCAGUUUCCAAGCAACGGGGCAUGAAGCGCUCCUUGGAACUGCCAGGAAGUGAGGAGGAAGCAGAAGCGUCUGAGGACGACAGUCUGUAUCUGCUCGGAGCAGGAGACGGGGACGGACACGAAGGAGAAGGGAUGCUGGGGUAGAGCCGGCCACGGGGGGUUAUUUCAGUGAGGCCCCGCCAAAGAGAUGGAACCAUUGUGCCACCUAGGACAGGAAAUGGGAGGGGAUCCAGAGAACAGCUGACAUGUCAUCAUUGGUGACAGGCUUUUCCUGUAAGAACCAAACAGGCAGCCCGUCGGGACUGUGAGCUGACGGUUGAUGCCCGGGGCCCAGGAGCUGCGCCGUGUGACUAGUGACCAAUGUGGCACCAUCUGCUGUUGAAAACGGCUCUCAGUAAAUAGGUUCACAUAAACUUUGUAGUAAGAGUUAUUUAUAUUUUUAAUAAAAAGUUUUGAUGAAAAACUUA